UUUUUUUUCCCAGUAUUCAUUUCGGUGCGUCCAUAGCAACCAAAUCUAGAGACCGCAACGGAGAAGUUAGAAGUCUGUUGAUAGUACCAGCUGAAAACGCAACAACACACAACGUUUCAUUUAAUUUUUUUGUUGUUAGAUACAUUAAAAAAUGGGUAGAGAUUACUAUACCGCAUUGGAAAUAUGUAGAAGUGCCGCAGACGCAGACAUCAAGAAAGCAUACCGACAACUUGCUUUGAAGUACCACCCUCACACAAAUCAUAAACCGGGUGCUAAAGAAAAAUUCAAUCAACUUGCAGAGGCCUAUGACGUUUUGAGCGACCCUCGAAAAAAGGCAACGUAUGACAAAUUUGGGGAAGAAGGUCUGAAAGGUGGUAUCCCACCUGAGUUUGGAGAGAAUGGUGCUUGGUCUUCUGGAUACGUCUAUCAUGGGAACCCUGACAAAGUAUUCAGACAGUUCUUUGGAGGUGACAAUCCAUUUGCAGACUUCCACACAAAAGAUGGGAAUGAAGUUGCCAUCGGGUUUGGUGGCCUGCGAGGAAGAGGAGUAAAAACGCAAGACUCCCCCAUUGAAAGAGAUCUUCACUUGGCCCUUGAGGAUCUCUUCUUUGGAUGCACCAAAAAGAUCAAGAUAUCCCGUAGGGUCAUGAAUGACGAUGGGCACACAUCUAGCAUCAAAGACAAAAUACUGACAAUUAUUGUAAAGCCUGGUUGGGAUGAAGGCACAAGGAUAACUUUCCCAGAGGAGGGUGAUCAGGGACCCAAUAGUAUUCCUGCAGACAUUGUGUUUGUUGUGCGUCAGAAAAAUCAUCCCCGGUUUGUACGGGCUCACAAUGAUCUUGUCUAUACGGCUCAGAUAUCUCUGGAAAUGGCCCUGACUGGCUUUUCUAUUGAUGUGGAGACAUUGGAUGGCAGACUUCUCAACAUCCCUGUCAACGACAUUGUUCACCAGAAAUACAGCAAAGUGGUGACUGGAGAAGGUAUGCCUCUGUCCCAAGAUCCUGCUCAGAGGGGAAGCCUCAUCAUCCAGUUUGAAACUGAAUUCCCCCAGAAGCUUUCUGCUGAGAAGAAACGCCUGAUCAAGCAAGCCUUGGCUGUCUGAUGCAAAAGUCUAAGUUGUAUUGCCUCCCUUUGACUUGACACAAAACCAGUCACUGCAAAAGGACCUUGAGACAAAUAAAAGAAACUUGUUAAA